AUGGCAAUGCCAUACAUGAGUCAAGUGCAGUAUAAGAAACCUAUCCUACCCGAUCGGUCACAUGGGGAGAAGAGAAAGGGUGGUAGCAUACACCGAUCAGAUCAUCGUGCUGGGACUAGUACAAAACCAAGUAAUUCAGGAAUGAAACAAUCUACUCCCAUGCUUUUGAUAACUGAUGGACGAUUGGAUCACUCUGAUCUCCCCAUUGAUGAUGAUAACUUUGUUGAUGCACCACCCAGUUGGAAGGGGACAUCAAUCCAUGAAAAUUCUCCAAGUGGGGAGCGUAAGUUAGAUGACACCACUGAUUCAGAGGAUAUGCCGUCAAAAGAUAUAAGCUCUUCCAAUUUCAUCUAUCAUGUCACGAGUCCAUUUGGUCACAUAAAAAUUCAGGUGGUCGACGAAUUGAGGAAUUAUUUCAAAGGGCAGAUAUCUGAUCUACAGUCUGAGAAUCGGUUGCUAAGCAAACAUCUCAAGUCAAUGCAGUCACAAGUGUCAUCUUUAAAGUCUGAUCAGCAAAGGAAACUGAAGCUGCUAGUUCAUAUGCAAGGUGAAAUUCGUACUGACAUGUUGGACAUCAAAGCACGCAUGCAGUGUAUGUCUGAUUCUGUGACUACAUUGAUAUCUAGUUCAAUGGAAGAAAUUAUGAAAAAAUUCAGAGAGAACGCAGGACCAGAAAUUGUUGUAGGAUCUGGACCAACAUGCGAAGCUGCAAAAGUCGAACGAAGUGUUGAUUCGAAAGGCAAAGUGAAGGUUGACUCUGUGUGUGCAGUUGAAUUUCCAUGUUCUAUUGAACCUCCAUCCUUUGAUCUCGGUCUUGGAUUCACACAACUAAGCCAGAUUGUUGCAAAAACAUCUAAGGAAGUUGAAGUGCAAGUGGAAUCGGUCAUAUCCGAUGUUUUGAAGGACACGGAAUGUUUUGCACAAGAGGUAUCAAAAAAUCUAUGUAUUUUUGUUGAUUAAUGCAUGUCACAUAUUAAAAAUGCAGCACUCACCUGAGGCUGCACCAAGUUCUGGAUU